AUGGUAUAUGCUACUAACGUACGUACAGUCUUCAAUUGUCAGGCUUGGCCCUCUGCCAGUCAUUGUGUUAUUGGUGAAAGCGGAAAACAGCUGCUAGCCCACGGAAAGAUUUUCCAGGAUAUGUGGCGUUUGCAACGAAAGCUUCUGCAACCAGCUGCAGCUGUUGCAUUACUGAUCCUCGUUUCGUACACCAAGAAAGGUCCUGCUCAGCUUCUCAGAGUCAAUGUAUAUCCGAACGGCGUUGAUCAAGGCUCACCUGCCUGGUUUGAGUGCGAAAAGCGAGCAGAUCACAACUCUGUGACCGUUAAGUAUUGGGAGGUGAAUGGUAAUCGCAUUGAGGUGAAUGCUAGUGGAGUGACGUCCAACGGAAGGCUCAAAAUCGUGCCUCCUACUACGCUUCGGAUAUACAACAGUCAACCUGAGGACAGUGGAAGGUACACUUGUGCAGCAGAGAUUAAUGGCAAAAUUCAAAAAGGCUCUAAUCUAUUCACAGUUUUCAGGCCUAUAGAAACGUAUCCUGUGCCUGUAGUGAGGGCUGUUAAUGGCAGGAACUGCGUUAUGACAUGUAAUGGGAAAUAUUACAGGGAGAUUGUGUGGUUGAGGAACAAAGAGAGAAUUGUGGAACAGCAACCAGAUCAAUUUUUAUCACCUGGAAAUGGUUCUUUGUUGUUUAUCACGAAAGUUACUAUGGCUGACAGUGGGAGUUAUGUUUGUCAGUUUAUGUCUCUACGGCUAGCAUAUCGAGAUGCAGAGCUACUGGUCAUUGACCCGAUGACACGUGUUGUUGCCUCUUCAUUAAAACCUGCAGCUGAAACCGGACACAGUCUGCAGCUACGAUGCAGAGCUAAUGGUUAUCCACCUCCUGACAGAGUUCAAUGGUUUAAUGGAUCAGCAUUAAUACAAGCCACAGACAGAGUGUCAUUUGUCUACGACCCCAAACGUGCAAUUGCAAUUUUGACUAUACACGUUGUGACAAGGUUUGAUUCCGGCAUAUAUAAUUGCACAUAUCAACAAGAGCUUGAGUCUAAAAAGUAUCAUUACCUAUCUGACACAGUUUCAGUUGUUGUGUUUGGAAAACCAGAUCCAGCAAGAGAUGUCGUUCCAACUCUGCAAGGAUUGCUUGGUGUACAUGCCGUGUUCAAAGUGCAUCUGUCAUGGAAGACUCCCAUCUAUACAGGACACUUGAAGAUGCUUGCAUAUCGUGUUGUCUACUGGAACAAGAAGAUGUGCAAAAACUAUCCAAGUAACUGUGCCAGUAUGCAAGAGUAUUGGCUUGACUCGUCAAGACUAUCUCACAACUUUACGUUUCCAAAGUAUCGUGGUAGCACCACGAUCUGCUUUGUUGUACAGUCAGUCAACACAAAUGGAUUGAGCAAGCCCAGUGAUCGUGCAUGCACGUCGUUUAUACCAAUGCCAGUAGAAGUUUCUACAAGCAAAUCACGCGUUGCUACAACAGAAGGCCUAGCCACAUCAACUCAACUACCAGCAACUUCUUUAACUAUGGCACCUGAGAAACAGCGCAAUUUUCAAUUGUUAAUGGAAAGUGAGGAAGAACUGUGCUCAGGAUCAUUGCAGGUGGAUGAGAUGAUGCUGUCUGAAGCCAUUGCUGCAUUGUUUUCGUGGCUGUGUUCAUGCCAUGUUCCCAUCAGUAGCGUCAAAAUGAUGUCUGGCACCCAGUUUGGUGGUGUUCUCUUGUUGCAUGGUUCAGUCUGCAGCCCUGAUGCCAAUCACUUGCUCAACAACUUGUCGUCUUACAUUCAAACAGGCCCACGCCAUCCACAUAUUCAACUCGAUGGUAGUUAUCUCACUUUUCUUAGACAUUGUCCCACUGCAGUACAAAAUGGAGACUCGCGCUGUGUUUUGGAUGAAGACAUCAAAACUGUUAUGAGCUGCUCCAGGGAAACAACCACCACGUCUUUGUUUCCGACCGUUUUAUUUCAAGAAAAUGUUGAAAGCUCGUGGUCUCUGCUGCAGAUUGGUUUGGUGUCAGGAAUAGGAGCAGUGGCAGUCAUAUUUGUUUUUGCAUUUAUGUGUCUUCUUCACUUUCAGUUGCAUGCAGAUCGGAAUGCUAAGUCUAGAUGUCAGGAGAAACAUACUCGUGCAGUCAAACCGACAGGGGGCACGUCAAGCAUGACUGAUUCGAUUUCUCAUAGUCAGACAUCUGACUGCAAUGUACGUACCAGUACUGUUGAAUUCUCUGACCACCAGGUGUAGCAUAUGCAAAGGAUCGAAAGAUUUUCGUGGAUGGAAGGUUGCAUGCAGUCAUAGCUAGAACUCACUAGAAUGCCUGCUCUACAUAUUCUAUAGCCAGUAAGCCACAACAUUUCUGCAGCUAAGGUAGAAAAUGAAGGUCACAGCUAGCCGGCCGUUAAGCUUGAACCCCAUCAUAUAUUCUGCAGGUAGCCCGAAUGCCUUAGUAAAUAGAUUUGUUAUACUUUCAUGCUUUUUUGCGUUGAGUUGAUGACACUAGUAUACGUAGAAUAUGAUCAUUUGUGUUUCUAAAUUUGUUGUAUUUAUGCAGUCAAGUAGAUUGGAAAUUAUACGAUUUUGUCUGUUA